CAGAAGUCACGACAGGAGGUUGAUAUUUUUAUGACUCACAUAGAAAUUAAGUUAAGAAACAUUCAUCUUUUUGACAGGAUUAAAAGAAAAGAAUGGGAAGGCUCAACUUUUACGUCCUUUGGUCCCUCCGUGACGCUCCUCGCCAGUUCAUCAGCAAGUCAAACCGAAGAUGCUUCCACGUCCAUGUCCCGCUCCCUCUACCCAAGCAGCUGGUGAUCUUCGGUCUCGGCGAGUGGGGGUGCAGCGAGACCACCAUCUCUGUGGAGGUAGUGGUCAGUGCUGACGUGCUACCUCAGAACAUUGGAACGCUUACAUCUCAAGCUAGGUGUUUGACUUUUGAGGGGGACUGGAGCUCUGACAUGGUGGCUGUGGCAGCAGAGAGAGGGCGGAAAGGAGUCUAUGGCAAGAUUGUGCUCACGGUGUGUGGACAGGUUGAGGAGCAAGGCAGCAUCUUGAGCAGUAGUCCACUGGUCCAAAGGAAAUGUUUGUUCCCCAAGCAGCUCAGCACCACUGAUCUCUCCUGUACCUCGCACCAAAGUGCUGCAGAAGACACGGUAACCCCCAACUCCUCACAGUUGGGCGACAGUGUUUGCUAUGGCGAGGUCCAGGUUAAUAAAGUUGACACCAGCGAUUCAGCCUUGGGAAGUAAACCUUCACUCUGGCCUACGGAUAAGACGCCCAGACGGACUGUCAUCAGCAGGAAAGGUCGUCUGGCAUGGAGCUCCGAGGACUUGGAGGACACAGAGGCCAUAGGCCGAGCUUCAACUCCCAAGAAAAUUAGGUUGUCCAGGAUGAACAGCCAGGAAGAAAUGACUCUGCAGUUAAAGCAGGAGGACAGAGAAGUGUCAGUGUACCCGUCAAAGCGUUGGAGCCACACCAUGUGCCUCAGUGACCUCAACACUGCCAUACUCAUUGGAGGGGAAACUUUGGAGCAAAACGUCUGUCAGGACUCCUUGUGGAAGCUGGAGUUAGACAAUGACUUCUGGUACCCGAUGAACUCCUCCACAUCUGGACCUGCACCACCUUGCUCCAGAGGACUCUCUGCGACCUAUGAUCCAGACUCUAAGACCAUCUUAGUAUACGGUGGCCUGAGGGAGGGUCAGCGCUACAGCGAGCUGUACAUCCUAAAUACUCUGACCUGGAAGUGGAAGCUUGUCACUGCAAAAGGAAACAUUCCUACCCUGGCAUAUCACUCUGCAGCUUUUUAUAAGAAAGAGCUUUUUGUCUUUGGUGGGGUUCAUCCAAGCCAGUCUUCCAGGGAUAAGUUGUGCAGUAAUGCUUUGUACAUCUUCAACCCAGAGUUUGAACUCUGGUAUCAACCUAUUGUAGAGGGGGACAAACCUCUGCCUCGCUUUGGACAUUCGGCCACACUCCUGUCACAGAAGUUGAUCAUAUUUGGUGGCCGAAAAACUGCAACCUACCUAAAUGACCUCCAUAUUUUAGACCUGGGCGUCAUGGAGUACACAGCUGUGAAGUGUGAGAACAUGCCGCCGCUGCCUCGAGGGUUUCAUGCUGCUCUCCCAGUUUCAGACAACAGGAUUUUAGUGAGUGGGGGAUGUAGUACAAUUGGAACCUUGCAGGAUGUACAUGUCUUCAAUACUGACACCAAAAUCUGGAGUUCAGUGGCAUCGUCUGAGUUGGGCUCCAAGCCUAUUGCUGGACACAGUUUGAUCCAUUUAACGUCAACAACCUCGGCAGACUUUCAAACGCACGAGCAAGACGAACCUGUCAAAGUCCACUGCACACUGCUGCUGUUUGGUGGCUCAGACUGCUCUGGUAACUUCUACAAUGACACAGUUAAGUGCACAGUGGAGAUUCCCUUUAUGAUAAAUAACCAUUUUAUCUCGGAUGGACACGAAACAGGCCAUCUCGGUUUUAAAACAUCUUUCAUGUAAUGUUUACUCCUUUCACAGGCAUUUUCUGCAGGCUAGUCCUUUUUUUAGCCUCUGCCAAAAUUAUCCAUACUUCCUCCAUGCAGCUGAUAUGCUGCAGGCUGUAUGAUGGCACACUUUGCAUAACAAAUCUGUAAUUUGCAUGUUUUGCACGGCACUCAUGUGCCCCAUGUAGCAGUAAAAUGCUGGUGUUGGUGGUUUUAAUAUUAAUAAAUGCCAAUAACUAUUUUCAACUAAGAGUUCCUGUGUCAUUUCAAAUAACUGCAAAAUAAUGGGGUUAUGUUCAAAGCAUUUUAUUUUAGCGCGUACAAAGCGACAGCCCAGCAUUUGCUAUGCUCGCAGUUCAAGAGGCGUGUCUGGCUGGCAAGAUGGAUGGCUCACUUGGAAAGCUUCCAUCUCAAGUAAGCUUUGAUUCAGCCUUUGGAUAGUUGGAUACAAGCUCAUGUCCACUUUAAACCUGCAGUUUAGAAACAAAAAACAUAAACUAAACUUACACGGGUUUAGUGUGAUUAUUAAAUGGUAUUUAGUUUUUUUUAAUGAAAUGUUUUUAUAACGUACCUCUCUGCAUUGUAGACUUGUGGGACCAGACAGAUGUCAGCCAUGGAUAGCUAAAAAAGGUAAAAAGGACUCAAUGUGACAUGCUCUUCAUUAUCAUGCUGUUCAAUAGAAAGUCCUUACCUCAUCGCCGACGCAAUAUUUCCCAGCCGUUUGCUUCAGUAUAGGCUCAAGAGCUGCAUAAGAACAAAUAUGCAUGUGGUUAAUAUUCCAAUGUUUUGCUUGGUGGCGUUACCAAAGGAAAAGUGGUGCCCAACCGUCAAAUCCGCGAUUAAUGAAAUGCUGCGCCCACUGCACCUUUUCUGCUCCAAUCUUUUGGAUCACGUGUAGAUUCUGAAAUAUUCAGAAAUAAUGACAUCACAUAUCUGUGCUAAAAUAGGUUGGAAUUGUAUGAUGAAUACAACUCUGUGUUCACCUGCAAAGGUUGUAUCCCAGAGGCAAUAAGAUCACUUAUCAUCCGAACCUGGGCCCUUUUCUUUGGCUCUAAUGGCAGAAGGCGAGGUCCUGGCCUGGUCUCAUCAAUGUACUGGAUCACCGCCAACUGUGUGAGCCGUACAGUAUAAAACAUUAAGAGCUGAACCGGGGAAAAAAAACAAUGGUAGAUGAGAGGCUUUGGGUGGGACUCACUGACUGAGAAAUGGUGAUUCCGUCAAUUUCAACUGCAGGUACUUGCUGCAUUGGGUUUAAAGUCUUGUACUCCUCUGUGAGCUGGAACACACAUUUGUGUUACUCAAAUAUCACUUCUGUUUGACUUCUCUUGUGACAUUCAAACGCUACCUGCUGACCUCCAUCUUUGAUCAGGUUGACAGGCACUUGGUCAUAUUCAAUACCUUUCAAGGCCAAAGCUGCACAAAAAGUUUAGUAUCACCAUGUGAACGUAAUAUGAAAGUAGAGAACUUCUAAGGAAUAACUUACCAAUUCGUACUCGCCAUGAGCAGGAGCUUCUGAAGUAUCCAUGGAGGACAGGCUGGGUGAAGACAAGGGGAAACAACAGAUGAAGAACAUUAUGUGCUUUAGAUCAUCCUUUUCAUUUCCUUUUUUUUAUUUCACCUUGGUUUGCUCCGACAUAGCUCCUCAGUGAAGUUUUCACCUAAAAGUGCAGCUGCAAAAGGUAAAGCAGCUGAC